UUCCCCUUUUUAUAAAGGUAAACUUGGUCCCAAAUUUGACUAUCCAAAGAUCCAAAUACAUUGGAUACACUGAUUGGCGUAUGUUACGAGAUGUAAAGCGUCGUAAAGUAGUAAAAGAAUAUGCUAAACUCAGGCUGCAGCUGAAUUCCUUGAGGUAUAAUACAGUAUUACCGAAAAAGCUUCAAGAGGUUGCCCAAAAAGAGAUAGCUGCUCUUCCUACAGACAGUUGCCAUACGAAGCUACAUGCACGAUGUGUUUUAACAUCAAGACCUCGUGGAAGGUGGAAGAAAUUUAGGAUGUCGAGAAUUAUUUGGCGCCACCUGGCAGAUUAUAAUCAGAUUUCAGGAGCGGAAAGAGCAAUGUGGUGAUCUGUUGGAACUUUUGCAAGGAAAAAUAAAAAUAUACUGUAUUAAAUACUGAAAACUGUUGAUUUGUUUAGGAAGAUAUUAAAUUUUUCAGUUCAUUGUA